AUGCCGCGCAAUACCUUGGGAAUAGCUACUACUUCGCAUUUGAGCCGAUGCAGGUUGCGAUCAACUGGUUCAAGUCCGCGAGGUCUGUCCAACCUAGGCAACACUUGUUUCAUGAAUGCCGUUAUGCAAUGUGUGGCUACCACACCGCUGUUGCAUCCACACAUCAUUGAAACACAACAGCGACAAGAACUCAUUUUGUCGAGUCCUGCUAGCAAGGCACUCAUUUGUGCCCUUGGGGAACUUUUUGUAGGGAUGAAUCCGCGAAGGCAAGAAGCUGCUGACGCUGAAAGCUCACGUUCUCCUGCGAAGUUGUUGGGAGCCUUGUCGGCUCUUUAUCCACACAUGUUUGAUGGGAAUCAGCAAGACGCUCAAGAGUUUCUAGUAUGCUUGUUGGGGUUUCUAGGUGAUACUUUGAAGAGGAGGCCCAUAGCGGAGAAACCCUCGUCGCAAUUGUGCAUUGGAGACAGCAAUGGACGCCAUGACCGGGUCGUGGCAACGGAGUGGUGGGUCUCUCAUAUUGUCAACGAGCCCUCGGUGAUCAACACAUUGUUCUCAGGGCAAUUCAAAAGCGCACUUACCUGCACUCGUUGCGAACACCAAUCUGCACGCUUUGAGCCGUUCUCAUCGCUCCAACUACCGCUGAUCGAAAACAACCAUGACUUUCAUCUCCAGUCUCUCUGCAGCACCGAGUACCUCGGCGCCUCUUGCUCUCAAUGCCAACAGUCAACUCCUCACACCAAGCAGCUCUCGCUCUGGAGUCUCCCCCCAUUGCUCGUACUCCAACUCAAACGCUUCGAGCUGUCGACCAACAACGGCAACUACCAAUGGAAGAAGCUCUCGCACAACGUCGACUUCCCCGUACGCGACCUCGACCUCCGCGAUCUCUUGUCCCCCAUCGACGGCGGGCACGACGACUCGGAGCCUUGCACCGAUCGCUGCUUCAUCGACGCUCUGGAUCCUCGUGUCCGACGUGGCAUCGAGUAUCUACAGAAUGACCUCAACAUCCCUCUAACCUCCGCGUCUCGAAGCUGCAUUAAGUACGACCUCUACGCUGUGGUGAACCACUGCGGCCGCGGGAUCAGCUCGGGUCACUACACGGCGCACAUCCGUCGGCCGGACGAAACGUGCUGGUGGCUGGCAGACGACACCGUGGUGACCCCAUUGAGCGAGGACGAGGUGAGUCCAUCGUCCACCGCCUAUUUGCUCUUCUACGUGCGUCAAGACGUCGCCACGGGGGCCACGGAGCUCAGCGACUUAUUCCCGACCACUUGA